UAUAAACAACGCUCAGCUAUUAACAACAAAACAAUACGGACAUGUCCGACCAUUGCCGCACAUGCGGAAAAUUCAUUUACUGCGGGGACAGGCGGAACCUGUUCGAACAACCCGAUAAAAUUAUGCUGCAUCAAAUCGAGACGCUAACAGGCCUGAUGUUGUUGCAUCAUGCGGAUUCGCCAGUACACAUUUGUGGUCCUUGUGAAGUGGCACUUCGACUUGCAAUAGGGUUUCGAGAGACUAUCAUCAAAACCCAGCAAAUUUUGCAAAAUUGUGACAAUGUUGCAGAGGCUCUUUUGAAACUCCAUUCGAACGAGCUGGACUUUGAAGCGCUGGAUGGAAACGAAGACUACGAAGAGGAUGCCUACGAUUCUCCUUCUAACGAUGCGGAGAUGUCUUAUGAGCUACAACCCGGAGAUGGGGACAAAACUGAAAUCCAUGAACAUAACGAUGAUGUGGAUGAGUGUUUCAGUACAGCAGAGGAACUGGCAACAUCGGAUACCAUUUCAGCAGAGCAAAACAUGCCUUCGGAGAUGCCUACAAAAACGGCUGUAAUCAGUGAUGAGAAUGCGAUUCGCAAAUCUCGGAAGCACAGUAACACGGUUUAUGCAUCGGUAAACUUUGCGGAUAAUACCAAAGUUAUGCCGCGCACCGACUGGAGCAAGCUCACAGAGGAGGAGGUCGUGGCGCUGAAACGUGAACGCAGAAAACGUGACUGUAUUUGCGAACAGUGCGGAAGGCACUUCUCCUGUCCCAGCAAUUUCAAGGUUCACCUUCUUCGGCAUAGUGGAGUUAAGAACUACUUUUGCAAGUUGUGCCCCAUGAAGUUCUAUACCGCCCAUUUGCUCAGACGCCACGAAAUGCUACAUGUCUGUGAUCGACCCUACGCAUGCCAGUACUGUGACCAGAGAUUUAGCCACUACAGCGGUCGUAUUCAACAUGAGCGCAAUCGUCACACAAACUACAAGCCGUUCAAGUGCUCGGAAUGUGAUAAAGCCUUCGCAGUGAGUGGAAAACUAAAAGCUCAUAUGCUGCGUCACACAGGCGUGCGGGCCUUUCAUUGUGAAGUAUGCAGUAUGUCGUUUAUGCGGAAAACCCACCUUGUCGCUCAUUUCCGUUCAAAAGGACAUAAGCAGAAUGUUGGCAAAGUGGAAUCGGAUGUGUUUAAUACUGAUAUUGAGACUCCAGUCUCAAGCUAGUGAUUACUCUUAUUAGUUGAAUUUAAAUGUUGCAUGUAAUACAGAUUUAAUAGCCUUAAGAAUUUAAUAUUAAAAGCUAAAAAAGAGACUGAUCGGGCUUGCUUAUGAAAAACAUUA